AGCCACCGAGCGCCGAGGUGGGGCAUAAUGCCAGGAUUAUAUUUUCCCCCCAACACCAUGACUGACUUGAACGCCAAAGACGACUGCAAGCUUGCAGAUGGUAAAAUUCGUAAGAAGAAGCAAAAGGCUUUUGGCACAGACCUGAAGAACUAUUUGAAGUGCAUGGUACCUCAUCUCGAAUCUGGGAUCAGGUCUAACUACAGAAACGUUAUGCUUUCUGCAGAAGAAGUAAUGCAGUGGUCUCAGUCUCUGGAAAAGCUCUUGGCCAGCCAAAGUGGCCAAGGUGUCUUUCGGGAGUUCCUGAGGUCCGAGUUCAGCGAGGAGAACAUUGAGUUCUGGCUGGCCUGCGAGGACUACAAGAAAACCAGGUCCGAUCGCCUGCAYGGCAAAGCAGAAAGGAUUUACGAGGAGUUCGUUCGGGCAGAUGCUAUUAAACAGAUCAACAUUGACUAUCAUACAAGGGAAGCAACAGCCAAAAGGGCGCAAGACCCAACUCACACAAGUUUUGAUGAAGCCCAGAAAACAGUCUUCAUCCUCAUGGAACGGGAUUCUUACCCCAGAUUUUUGAAAUCCAAAGCCUACUUGAACCUUUUAAACCAGCUGCAGAUCAACAACUCAAAAUAAGGAGGCUAAGGCCACAAAGGGCUAAGUAGACCCUGCACCACAUAUCCUGUGACAAGAUCCUUGGGGAUGGCUGGAUGCCAGCAAGGAGGACAUCUGCCUCAAGGGAGCACUAGGGAAGAUGCAGACAGCUCCACCAGCAGAAGAAAGCAGGAUAAAAGCUGGCAAGAUGGCUACAAGUGAGAGCAACAUGGGGAACAAAAGCCACUCUUCCUACAUGCCAUGGACCCAAGGCAGGAUGCUAUUUAUCAUCUGAACAACACUGUGAAUAUUGAUCGAACUACUAGCUCCCAAAGAACCRUUAAUUAUUAGGAAAUGCCAGCUAACAAGCUUCUGAGUGAUGAGGAAAGAUGAAAAAUAAAUACAGCUGACACUUUUGUACAUACCAAGGAAGAGCCUAGACAAGAUAGAUAUUAGCU